AUUCACAAUAGCAUUGAGAAUAUACAGUCUGCUUGUUCAACGAGUGCAUUAUUAAAUAAGACUGUGCAGCAAUUGGGGUAUUUGAUUCAUUAUUUCUACAGAAGUACACAAAUUAAAUACAUAAAAAAUGUUAAGAAUCCUUAGGCGCAUUAAUGCAAUUAUAAUACCACAACAAAUACGCAUUGUACAACUGUCUAAUGGCGGAGGUGGCGGAGGAGCAAGCGGUGGCAAAAGUGGCAGUGGUGGUGCCGGUGGAAAAGGUGGCGCCUCCGCCGCUGAAUCCGAUGGUAAUGUGGACAAAAUACAAGCAGCUCGCGAAGAAGAGUUUUUCCGCAAACAACGCAAUGAACAAUUGAAAAAACUGAAAUCGAAGAAACCCAUAGAAGGAGAGAAGAAGAAAUAGAAAUUGAAAGUGAAAUUUGUUGAUAUUUGUACUUAUAAGAGUCGAAUUGUUUUUGAAUGUUUAUAUUUUGCCAAGUGAAAUAAAAAGUUUAAAAAAAUGA